CCGCCUCCUCCUCGCCCUCCUCCGCGGCGCCCUGCGAGGUGGGCCGGCCGAGCAGCGUCCCAGCGGCGCCCUCGGGCAGCAGGGAAGCGCCCUCCGGACGGAGCCCAGCGGGGCCCUCGGCACCCCGCCGCUUCUCCUCCCCGGCAGGUCGUGCAGCCCCGCGCCGGCCAUGGAGGCUCCCUCGGGCCGAGUCACCCUGAACGUGGGCGGGCUCCGCUACCGCACCUGCCGCGGCACCCUGGCCGCCUUCCCGGGCACCAAGCUGGGCGGGCUGGCCGAGCCCGGGGCGGCGGACCGCUUCGACUUCGACGCCCGCGCCGGCGAGUUCUUCUUCGACCGGAGCGGCCGCCUCUUCGAGCAGGUGCUGCACCUGUGCCGCAGCGGCCACCUGCACGGGCCCGCCGCCUGCCGCGCCGCUCUGCGCGCCGAGCUGGCCUUCUGGGGGCUGACGGAGGCGCGGCUGCCCGCCUGCUGCUGGAGCAAGCUCUGCCCCGGCGACCACGACGACCACGACGAGGCCGAGGAGGAGGGCGGCGGCCCCGGGCGGCGAGAGGACCGGCGCGGCUUGCUGGAGCGGGGCCCGCGCGGGACGGACGGGCGGUGGGAGCGGUGGGCGCGGGCGGCCUGGGCUUUCCUGGAGGAGCCGCGCUCGUCGCCCUGGGCCACG